CUAAGCCAGGAUGUGCUGAUUGAACUAGGUCAAGCCGCGCCUUUUCUGUUAUCCUGGCUUUCUUAAUUCUACUUUUGUGCAAUACCCCUCUGGGAUCAAUGGAAAUAAACGGGGAACACCUGGAACCAAAUCAACACAAUGGGGACAGGAACAGUAGCGACCAAAUAUGGAAACACUCAUGACAGGAGCACGUGAGGGAGGAAAACACGACACAAGACAUGACAAAAGUCUAACACUACUAACAAGACAAAAUGAACUAAUUUAAAAUUUUGUACUUCGCAUUCCAAUAUCCACAUAAAACAAAAUGUGCUUGGCAUAGUAAUAUCACGGGGGUAUGGUGGUCACGCUGAACGCAGACUACAGGCCAUUUAAACCGAGCAGUGCACUGUAAAAAAUAACAUGAACAUAGGCCACUAAAGGAACAUCAAAUUAAGAUAAGUAUGUUUGAGAGGUAACUCAUCUUUUUCUUACCAAAUCUAAAAUAAUUUCAGAUGCAAUUUAAUAAUAUGAAUAUGAUUUAAUGCGCUUUUGCAAGGAAAGCGUGCUUUAACGUGAACAACACCAUGAACGAGGACACUGUCUACAGGCUAAUUCUGCCACAUUUAUUUGACAGAAAUGACCCCAGACAAUCCUCUUCAUCUGAUGAAAAUGACAAUGAAGAAUCGUCUUCACCUGAUCAUUCUCAUGUGACCGUCAUGAUGCUCAAGAAGAAAACAGAUGGAGGCAGACUGUACAAUAAAAAGUACUACUACUUAUUCUGCUCCAAACCAUUCAGUAAAAUGGCACGUCAUUUGGAAUCAAAGCACAAAGAUAUGCCAGAGGUGGCAAGAGCGGUCGCAUUUCCGAAAGGCUCUAAAGAGCGAAGACUGCAGCUGAGUUUUUUGAGAAAAAAAGGGAACCGUUGUCAUAAUGCUCAAGUGUUUAAAGAAGGAACAAGAAUGGUGAUACCCCGACAGCAAAUCAUUGAUCCUGUAAGAGCAAGCGAUUACUUGCACUGCGUAAACGAAAUGGAUGACCUUGCUGACUUCCUAGGGCACGACAUCAGGGUCCAUCAACAGUACUAUCAGCUUCCUGAAGGUACAUUACAGCUGGCCAAGAUAAGUAAAAGUCUUAUGGCUGUGGAACGAGGACAGCUAUCUGAAUCCAAAGGAAGGAAUCUCGAUGAGAUCCAGAGUGUUCCACAAGAGAGAGUACUGAUGGACAGUGAUGGAUCAGACUCUGAGAACGAGAAAGAAAUGACUGAAAAUGAUGCUUCAGAUUCACCUUCAAAUUCAGCAGUCAAGACAGACUGUCCACACAGAAACUCCCGCUGAGAUCCACACAGUACUUCAAAGAUGCCGUUCAUUAAAGAGGAGAGUGAAGAUGUGAAGAUUGAAGAGACGUUCAGACUUAGACGUGAAGAUACUGAGGAACACACAGAGCUGAUGGCACUGAAAGAGGAGAAUCAAGAACUGAGUGUAAUGGAAGAGAAACAUCAUGAUUUUGUAACUGAAGAACAGACAUCUUCAACAGUUCAAAACACUGAAACCUUUAAUCACCACACAAUGGUUCACUCAAGACAGAAUUUGUUUAAAUGCGGUCAGUGUGGAAGAAAAUUCUGGAACAUUAAACACCUCAACAGACACGCAAUACUUCAUUCCAAAGAAAAGCCUUUUAAAUGCCAGCAGUGUGAAAAGUGUUUUAAAAUCGAGAAAUACCUGAAGAAUCACAUGAAGAUUCACAGUGGACAGAAGCCGUUCACGUGCACUCAGUGUGGGAAGAGUUUCGGUCAUAAAGUCUGCCUCAAGAAUCACAUGACUCUUCACACCGGAGAGAAGCCUUACACCUGCAGACUGUGUGGAAAGAGCUUCUCACAAAGUGGAAAUCUUAAAUAUCACAUGAGAGUUCACACUGGAGAGAAACGUUACACCUGCCCUCACUGCAAUAAAAAAUUUGGUCACAAAGGCAGCCUCAAGGCUCACAUGAGGAUUCACACCGGAGAGAAGCCCUACACAUGCCAACACUGUGAAGAGAGAUUUACAUUCAAAGAGUCCUUUGAAAUACACGUGAUACGUCACGCUGGAGAGAUGCCUUUCACCUGCCAACUGUGCGGCAAGGGCUUCCCACAGAAAGCAAAUCUGAAGAAUCACAUAAGAGUUCACACUGGAGAGAAGCCGUUCAUCUGUCCUCACUGUGGAAAGGGUUUCACUUUUAAAGGAAACCUUAAGAUUCACAUGAGGAUUCACACUGGAGAGAAGCCGUACUCGUGCUCUCAGUGUGAGAUGAGGUUCCUGUAUAAAAGAGACCUGAAACAGCAUUUACAAACUCAGUGUCCCUCAGAGUGACGAGAUGCUAUAUGUGUGUGUGAGACUUGUUCCGUAUCAGAAGAUCACCUCUGCACCACGUGGUUUAUUUGCAUCCUCCUUUAUAUUUUGCCUUGAGGCUUUUUUCUUUUGUCACGGUCAGAAGUGGCCACAAGUGUUCAUAUGUGCAUCCUUUCAAGUAUAGAGAGGUUGCAAUAAACAUCCUCUAAUUUUGACAACAUUUACAUUGUCAUUUUGCAGAUGCAUUUAUCCAAAGCGACUUACAUUUGAGGAAUACAUAAAGUGAUUCUUCUUAAAGAGGCAAACAGACACAGGAAGUGCUCGUAAUAU